GCGCUACCUGCCGGCGACCUCCGCACUUUCUAAACCGCAUCUUAUUUCCUAGUGUUAGUGGUGUGAAACAAAUUGACGUCCAGCGGAAGUCCGCUCGAGUUGUGCACGGCUGACGGUAAAGCAAGGAUAACCAACAGAUCGCGUGGCAACUGGGAUAAGACUGUCGACCGUUUUCUAAGUGCAAAUAGUGUUUAUGUAAAAACAUUACGGCGUGAGUGUUGUGAAAUGAUGAGUGAAACGCGAAGGUGACUUUACGUUAAUACGUGGAAAUGAAAAGAGAAAAGUACAAAACAAUCUUGGAACUCAGGCUGGGUGAGCGAUGAAGGGGUGGUUCGAUGCGUUUCGCGAGGAAGGCGGGCCGACCCUGUACGCGUACCACAACCGCACGGCAGUAGCGGCCGACGUGCCAGCCCUGGCGUUGGUGAUCGCAGCGCUCACGCUCUACCUCGCCUUCCUCGCUAUCUUCCCCGGCAUCAGGAAAGAGAGAUUUUCAACGUUCACCAUAGUCACCCUGAGUCUCUUCGUCGGCACUGUCAUAUUAGUGUGCAAGCACGGAUCAUCGUGGCACAUAUCCGGCGCCCGAGUCGCGCGCGCAUCUUACCGCGCGUUUUCCACCGAGCGGCUGGACUGCUGGCUAGCCGUGCACGUGGGGUUGGGCCACGUCAAUGUUACGCUUACUGCUCUGUCCUGGGGCAAUACAACGAUAGGUGACCCAGGCGUGGACUACAACGAACAGUUCCGCUGGGAAGAAGCCGGCGCUAUCCAAGAGUGGUACCGAGCUGGUCUGAGCCGGGGCCUGCCAUACCCGGUGCUGUCCAUAGCCGAGCACUUUGCGGUACAGCACGAAGGCUUCGAGUGGGGGGCGAAGUACCGCGCAGCUGGAUAUACAACGGCCACGUUGCUUUGGGCAGCAUUAGCGCUAUGGCUCCUCAUGAACUUGCUUCUCGUGGUGGUUCCUCGAUACGGGGCCUACACGAUGGCGACGUUAGGGGUCACCCUGUGCGCCGCGGCGGGGGGCUACUGGGCGUCCCUGCCGACCGCGCCGCUCAUAGUCAGGCUCGACGGGGCCAUGCUUUUCUUCUCGCUAGGCUGGUGCUUCUGGCUAGUUUUAAUUUCUGGAAGCAUAUGUGUAGUAGUAGGGUUACUGAUAGCAGCUGUAGACCUGAUGUGGCCACACAAGUUCUCCACGGUGCUCGAAGUGGAUUAUGAUACGCCGUAUGACCGGCAUGUUCUAAUUGUGGACAGCAGUCGACAGCGUGCACGGCCGCCACAGCCUUCACUGCCUACCAGGAUACUUAGGAGGUUAUCAUCUAAAACAAGAGACGUGGGUAACGUUUCCAUGUCGGUGGUGAACGAGAGUGACCGUGGCAGGGACAACCCCGCCUUUCAGCAUGAGCAACGCAAACCCAACUCCCCGUGGAGGUAUCCGCUUUUCAGAAGACAGAUCGACAGGGCAGACUCCGCGUCCAGUCUCGGUUCGAGUGUAAAUGGUAACAGUUCCGGAAUCAAGAUGUCGCCUCUGGGAAACAGCACCCUUGGAUCACCGCCAUCCAUCCCUAUUCACAGGUUUAGGCCUCAGAUUCCUGCAGCAGAACGAGUCAAAGAUAUGUGGUGAAGAUGAACUGACGUAAAUUUAUAACAGUUGAAUAAUUAAUUUGUAACUUAGUGCCAGGAGUGAGCGUCGGAAAGUGAAAAACCGAACUACUGAUCUCGUGUGACGGACGUACCAACGUUACCUACUCGACCAUCAAAAUUAGACUUGCGAAUUUAAUGCUUCAGUAUUAAAUCCAUAAGUCUAAUGGUGGACAUGAUAAACUUUAGUAAUUACAUAAUGAUAAACCAAUGUGUCCGUCGGUUAAAUGUAAAUCGAUCGAUUUGUAAAUAUGUAAAUUAUUAGUUAGUGCCGUAAUUAAAUUGCAAUGAAUCCGUCCAGUGUCAUAAACUAUAAAGUCUAGAUAUAAAAAUAAAUAUUGCAUUCCCCUUAAUAAUUGUUACCUCUUAGAAAAAAUAAAUAUAGUAAAAACACAAAUCAUCAGCAACAAUCAUCGACACACAAGUGAAUACUUUGUGCCAUGUCAAAAAUAAUUAGAUCAUAGACAAAAAUAACAAAAAUACACCAACGAAUAAAUUAACUUUUGAUAAAAUCUUAAGCCCAUGGCAUAAAAAAUAAGUGUUUUCUUUAUAAGGUAGUUCUGUUCUUAAUGAAAGUGGCCUACAGUUAUUUCCGCAUCGUCGUACACGAUGAUAAGUAUUAUUUAUUUAAUCCAUCAAUUCAUAAAAUAUAUUUUAAACCCAAAAAUAAUGUAAAAGUAUCCUUGUUCUCUUCCAUUAUACCUAAUUGUUUGUACGUGCCUACUUGACAAUGCGUUGUAUUGACUAUUACUACUAGAACGAAGUCAUUUAGCAUUAAAUUUAAUAGGUUUAAGUUAUUUAUUUAAAACUUAUCUACGUUGUGGUCGGACGUACGAAUAAAAUGUGAUACUAAAGUUUGAAUGUUUGUAAAUCACAAUUUUAUCUUCUACGUCAUAAGUUUUUGCAAUAUUAACAUCACAGGUCAUUUUCAAUGUUGCGAAAAUGUGUUUGCAACAGUGAAAGGGCCUUUUUUAAAAUAUAAAAGUGAGAAUUUCAAGAGUGAGUGUAAAAAUGUAUUUAUUGUGAUUGAUAAAAAUA